ACAUUGGACGCCUUUGAUAAACGUUGUUCAAACUCUCAAAUCAAACUGUUUUUAUCAGUUUGAUACUUUGAUCAACCUAACCGACCUAACCCUCCUUCCACUCUAUUGAAAUCGAUAACCCUCAUCCUCCGGCCACCCUAUCGACGGACGUCCGUCCAAUCAACGGCGGUUCAAUCGACGGUAUUAAGUCACCCGCCGCAUCCAAAACCCUAACUUCAAAUCGACCAAAAUGGCUGAAAAAUCAGAACAAUCACCACCAAAAACCGAACAAGUGUGCAACUUUUUUAGAAAACCCUCAAAGAACAAAAACAUACGAAAAAGACCUCAUAACGAACAAGAAGAUGAUUCAACAACCGAACAAGAAGAGGAACCUUCAGUUAUAAUCAACAAGAAAAAGCAAAUUACACCGGAUAAUAAACUCCACUUUGCAACAGCUCCAUCAAAACGGUCAAUAGUUGACCAACAACAUCCAGACCCAGCAGACACAAAAGCAACAAUAUUCCAAUUUGAUUCAUCAAAGGAAAUCCAAGUUCAAAACGACAGUCGAGCGACCGCAACGUUAGAAACGGAGACCGAUUUCUCGACGGACGCGAGAGCGAUAAGGGAAAGAGUGUUGAAGCAAGCCGACGAGGCGUUAAAGCGGAAGGGUGAUGCGGGUAACGGUGAGAAGUUGUAUAAGGGGAUUCAUGGGUAUACGGAUUAUAAAGCGGGGUUUAGGCGAGAGCAGACGGUGGCUAGUGAGAAAGCGGGUGGGUCGCAUGGACCGUUGAGGGCUUCGGCUCAUAUUAGGGUUUCGGCGAGGUUUGAUUACCAGCCGGAUAUUUGUAAGGAUUAUAAGGAGACCGGGUAUUGUGGGUAUGGUGAUUCGUGUAAGUUUAUGCAUGAUCGUGGGGAUUAUAAGUCGGGGUGGCAGAUGGAGCAGGAGUGGGAUGAAGCUGAGAAAGCGAGGAAGAGGAAAUUGGCGAUGAAAGGAGAUGAUGAUGAUGACGAGGAUGAUGAUCAGGAGGAUGAUGACGAUGAGGAUGGACUUCCGUUCGCUUGUUUUAUCUGCAGACAGCCGUUUGUUGAUCCGGUUGUGACGAAGUGCAAGCAUUAUUUCUGCGAACACUGCGCUUUAAAGCAUCAUGCCAAGAAGAAAAAAUGCUACGUGUGCAACCAGCCGACACUUGGGAUAUUCAACACUGCUCAUGAAAUUCGAAAGAGGAUAGCUGCUGAGGGAAAAUAGUCAACAUGUAACUUUCAACCCUUCUUUGUUUUGUUUGCUGAUGCAUAUGAUGUACUUUGCUACUACUGAUGCAAUUUUUAGAUCACUUUUGGAGUUGGUUUUUAGUUAUGUGAUGGAUUUCAGCAUUUGGGCUGUUGUUGUCUUCUUUAUAUUGUUACUAAAAGAUUUAGGCUGGUGGAUCUUGUUUAUUUUGUUUAGCAUGUCGCUUUUGGGC